CGAUCGAUCCCCCCCCCUUCCCUCCUCACCGAGACGAGAUCCCGACAGAUCAGAUCAAGGCGCCCCCGCACACUCGCGACCUGCUCGACGGCGGUGGCGGCGAUGGCAACCCGCUACUGGAUCAUCUCUCUACCCGUGCAGUCCCCCGGCGCCACCGCGAGCUCGCUCUGGUCGCGCCUGCAGGACAGCAUCUCCCGCCACUCCUUCGACACCCCGCUGUACCGGUUCAACGUCCCGGAUCUCCGCGUCGGCACCCUCGACUCCCUCCUCGCCCUCAGCGACGACCUUGUCAAGUCCAACGUGUUCGUCGAGGGCGUGUCGCACAAGAUCCGGAGGCAGAUCGAGGACCUCGAGCGCGCCGGAGGGGUCGAGAGCGGGGCCCUCACCGUCGAUGGCGUCCCCGUUGACACCUACCUCACCAGGUUCGUGUGGGACGAGGGCAAGUACCCCACAAUGUCGCCGCUCAAGGAGAUCGUCGGCAGCAUCCAGACGCAGGUCGCCAAGAUCGAGGAUGACAUGAAGGUUCGAGCAGCGGAAUAUAACAAUGUAAGGAGCCAGCUUAGUGCAAUCAACAGAAAGCAAAGUGGAAGCUUAGCAGUUCGUGAUCUUUCAAAUCUGGUAAAACCAGAGGAUAUGGUCACCUCAGAACAUCUUGUAACACUUCUUGCUAUUGUUCCAAAGUACUCCCAGAAAGACUGGUUGGCAAGCUAUGAGUCACUCGACACAUUUGUGGUGCCAAGGUCAUCUAAGAAGCUCUAUGAAGACAAUGAGUAUGCACUCUACACUGUGACACUUUUUGCUAAGGUUGUUGACAACUUUAAGGUCCGUGCUCGAGAGAAGGGUUUCCAGGUCCGUGAUUUUGAGUACAGUCCUGAAGCACAAGAAAGUUGGAAGCAGGAGAUGGAGAAGCUACUGCAAGACCAGGAAGCUAUGAGGACCUCUCUUCUGCAAUGGUGCUAUGCCAGCUACAGCGAGGUAUUCAGUUCCUGGAUGCACUUCUGUGCGGUGUGUGUAUUUGUAGAGAGCAUUCUUAGAUAUGGUCUGCCACCAUCAUUCCUGUCUGCUGUUCUUGCACCAUCUACAAAGAGUGAGAAGAAAGUAAGGAGCAUCGUAGAGGAGCUUUGUGGCAAUGUCCAUAGUAUUUACUGGAAAUCCGAAGAUGACGUAAGCGUUGCUGGUCUGGGAGGUGAAUCAGAGGUCCAUCCUUACGUCUCCUUUACCAUAAACUUUGUCUGAACCCAGUAUGUGGCCUAUUGUCUGCCAAUAUUUUGAAGCAGCUAUUACCUUGAGUAAUCGAAACAAACGAAUGGUUCAUGUAUAUUACUUGUGAUACGCCAAUUCUUUCUUGAUUUGUCGCUCUUCUCUGGUCCUGUAAUUUAUGUUGGAGAGAUCUGCCGAUCAAUAAUGUAGCUUUUGAGGAAACUGAAAUAUGUUGUGGCUGAAGAAGAGAUCCAUCACCUUGUAAAGCUUCUGUGGAUAUUUUUGUAACAUUGGGCUACUGGAUUUAUACUGUAAUAAAGCCGUGUCAAAUAAAUCCUGGCAGGUUUCUUCCCAAA